UUGCGACAUAAACUUACGGCACUAUCGGCGCAAAUAUCCGAUACCUAAGCUGACCACUCGAUUGCCGUUCAAACGUAAUCCGUUGGACAUUACUGUCGGCGACGAUGAACUAAACCGAUGGCUAUACCAACAGUUCCCGACCAGUCAUAUAUCGGCUGAAAAAUAUCAGACUAUAGCCAUCACAUCCUAUCUGGUUAUCGCCUAUUUUUAUCCCCAAUGUAUCCAAAAGGACAGGUAUUAUCAUUGUUUACAGUAUAUUAUCUUUUUGUUUGUUAUGGACGACAAUACUGAGGAACAGUGGGGUCUGUUGAGUACCGAUCAUAUGGACGACUGUUGUCGGGUAUGGUCWCAGUUGCCGAUACUAUUGGCUCAGAUAGGAGGCAACAGUGGUAGUGGUAGUGGUAGUGGUAGUGGUAGUGGUAGUGGUAGUGGUAGUGGUAGUGGUAGUGGUAGUGGUAGUGGUAGUGGUAGUGGUAGUGGUAGUGGUAGUGGUAGUGGUAGUGGUAGUGGUAGUGGUAGUCCGGAUGACAACCUCAUGGAGCCAUACGUUCAGCAAAUUAGGCCAACUUUUCAAACAAUUUACCGAUCAUUUACUGGCCAACAGUGGCAACGUUUUAUGAAAACCUUGUCAGACUAUGUGAUCGGUAAUGUCGAUGAAAACAUGUCCAGAGCUGGUGGUCGUCGUCGACAACAAUUUCAAUCAGUGGAUCAAUUGUUAAGCAUUCGCCGAAAAACGAUUGGUCUAAUACCGACUGUAAUUAUUAAUGAAUAUGCAUUAGAUAUUCAGAUACCUGAGCCCAACAACGAUUGGCUGGACCAACAACCUAUGUACCGACUACUUGUCCAAUUAGCCACCGAUCAUAUUAUCUAUAUAAACGAUUUGUUUUCAUUUGAAAAAGAGCUCCGGGCUAACACUACUACUACUACUACUACUACUACUACUACUACUACUACUAUGGGCACCGGUAGCCACUUACCCGAUGAUGAUAAUGACCGCAAAGCAUUGCCGCAAAUGUCCAACACUAUAGCCCAGACAGCCGUUCAACAUAACUGUUCAAUACUUGAAGCACAGACACUGAUUAUUGAACGUAUAAAUCAAUUGGAGUCAGAAUUGAUAAAACUAGUCGUCGAUUGGGAAAUGGAUGACCAGUUGUUAACUACCGGUUCCGCUGACCGACAAUUUAUCAAUGGUUUACUCUAUAUGAUUGGCGGUAACUAUCGAUAUAGUUUAGGCUGCGAUCGAUAUAAUAAAUUAAUAUAA